AUGAAGCCAUCAAUUCAUCAUCGUCCAUACUUGAGCACAUUGAGCCGUACAGGCUUACUGCACAAUAGUCAACAGCAACCCGGUUCGGAUAGUAUAAGCCUUAAUAUAUUUUUGUUAUUGAAACAGAGAGAACUUGUACCUGAUAGAGCUGGCUCACUUUGUCCAUUACCGCUUGUAUGGGCUGCUCGUCAGUAUGCCAAUAUACAAGUCUCUGAAAACAAAACCAUUGGAUCUCACACUGCUGGAAACGGAUGCACUUGGCUUGAUAUUGCUCAGAGCAAUGAUCGAUUUUUGCUGGCAGCUAGAACCGAUCUGUCCAUUUCUAUAUAUGACUUGGAUGAUCACAUACAGCAUUUUAAUGGCAUGAAUACAACCCGUCGAGUAGCAACAAUAUCAAGUGGACUGGGUCAUUCCGCAAAGAUCACUGGUGUCUAUUGGUUCCCACUUGAUCCUGGACUGUUUACUACAAGUUCGUUUGAUCGCUGUAUCAAAGUGUGGGACUCGGCUACUCUAGAAGCCGCGUUUACCUUUAGGUUGGACGACUCGGUGUAUACUCAUGUCAUGUCCCCGAUUGCUUCAACCCAUGCGUUGAUUGCAGCUGGAACAAAGGCUUCGCAUAUUCGACUAUGCGAUUUAAAAAGUGGUGCAUUGACACAUUCAUUGGCUGGACAUAAAGGGCCGGCAGUAUCACUUCAGUGGUCACCAGUGCACGAGUUUCUUCUUGCCUCUGGAAGUGUCGAUGGCACAAUAAAGUUUUGGGAUAUUCGCAAGGGAAAUGCGUGCAUAUGGUCAACCUAUCACAGUGAAAAUAUGCACUACUCAAAAACUAGUCCAUAUUCUCAACAUCCACGUGUCAACGGUCUAAUAUUUACUUCGGAUGGUCAAUCUCUUGUCAGUACCUCUCACGAUGAACGCAUUCAUCUUUGGAAUGUCAUGGCAGGUACACGUCGCGAGGUCUACUAUGGUCCACAUUUUCAUAAUCGUACUCCUGCAACAUUGAAAAUGGCCAUCACACCUUUAGACUCUACUUUACGUCCACUAUUGAUUUAUCCAUCCGACACACACCAUAUACUAAUGUAUGACUUGUGGACAGGCGAGUUGGUAAAGCGACUAUCAGCACAUUUGGGACGAGUUGGGUGUAUUGCUAUUCGACCAGAAACCCAGCAAUUUGUUUCUGGUGGGGUGAGUGAUCCAAUUCUUUUAUGGGAGCCUAAAAAUUCAACUGAGCAGAACAAAACAAACCAAAAUCAGUUUGGUAAUGGCGAGCUUGAUCCAAUGGAUGAUGCAUGGAGUGACGCAGAAUCUGGAUAG